AUCGGCCUUUCACCAUGUGUGGGCGGACAGCGUCAACCUUGCCUUCAAAUUAGGUCGUAACAAAAUGAGAGAGCUACAUAGCUAUAACUUGCUAUUUAUCACAUAGCUAGCUAACUACCACUGUUUUCCUGGAAAGACCUGGGAUCUUUUCACCAGGUAGAGUGGUGACACAGGUUGGUGACAGGUGUUCGGCUGGUCAGCAACUCCUGUGUGUUGUGGUCAAUGUAACAGACAGUACGAACAACACAUCCAGCGUCACCAUGGGCCAGGACAGAGGGAAGUAUGAUUUCUACAUCGGCCUGGGACUAGCCAUCAGCUCCAGCAUCUUCAUAGGAGGAAGCUUCAUUCUCAAGAAGAAAGGACUACUCCGCCUGGCCAGGAAGGGACAGUGUAGGGCAGGACAAGGUGGACACGCAUAUCUUAAAGAAUGUCUCUGGUGGGCUGGCUUAUUAUCAAUGGCGGCUGGAGAAGGGGCGAACUUUGCAGCGUAUGCCUUUGCUCCUGCUACGCUCGUCACCCCUCUGGGGGCCCUCAGUGUGCUGGUCAGUGCGGUGCUGUCCUCGUACUUCCUGACCGAGCGUCUGAACCUGCACGGGAAGCUGGGCUGUCUGCUCAGUAUCUUGGGCUCUACUACCAUGGUGAUCCACGCCCCUCAGGAGGAAGAGAUCAACAGUCUGGACCACAUGGCUCGGAAACUGGUGGACCCAGGUUUCCUGGUGUUUGCCACCUUCGUCAUCAUCGUAGCGCUCAUCUUCAUCUUGGUGGUGGGCCCUCGGCACGGCCAGACCAACAUCAUGGUGUAUAUUACCAUCUGCUCUGUGAUAGGAGCUCUGUCGGUGUCGUGUGUGAAGGGGUUGGGCAUUGCCAUCAAAGAGGCCAUAGCUGGGAGGCCCGUGGUGGGGAACCCUUUAGCCUGGGUGUUACUGCUCGGGCUGGUGGCCUGCGUCUCCACUCAGAUCAACUACCUGAACAAGGCUCUGGAUAUCUUCAACACCUCCCUGGUCACACCCAUCUACUAUGUGUUCUUCACCACCUCAGUCCUCUCCUGCUCUGCCAUCCUCUUCAAGGAGUGGGAGCACAUGGCUACUGCUGAUGUUAUCGGGACUCUGAGUGGGUUCCUGACCAUUAUAGUUGGUAUCUUUCUGCUCCAUGCCUUUAAGGACCUUAGUGUGAGCCUGUCCACGCUGGCGGUGUCCAUCAGGAAGGACGAGAGGCCCGGGCCGGCAGCUAACGGAGUGGCAACACACGGCAGCUACGAACUGCUGCGCAAUGACUCCACAGACAUGAACCUGGAGGAGAGGGAGGUGGGCCUGCCGUUUGACAGCCUGUCUAGGAGGAAUGGUACCAUGACAGCCUCUUAGAGGACCUAGCAAGCAGACCCCCCCUCCCCUCCUACUGACAGCCUCUUAGAGGACCUAGCAGCAGACCCCCCCCUCAUCCUACUGACAGCCUCUUAGAGGACCUAGCUGCCAGGUCCUGCAGACGCCCCCCAUCUGACUGACUAGGAUUACGUCCCAAAUGGCAUCCCUUUAUAGUGCAAUACUCUGGUUAAAAGUAGUGCACUAUAGAGGAUAGGGUGCUAUUUGGGGAUUUGCCUAGGACUACACUGGUGUGGAUGGUUGUUUUUUACAUUAAAACAAUCAACUCUUGACUUAGAUGGACCCACUGAUUGUACUUGGAUUAGAUUUGCCUUCUGUUCUCUGACGACAUGGAGACGGGUUCAUCUCAUCCUCAGAAGCAGGAGACAGGGGUUCAUCUCAUCCUCAGAAGCAGGCAAUAUUCAUACUACAUUAUACAUUCUGUAUUUAAACCUGCACAGAGUUUCCUUCUACAAAUCAACAGCUUUGAUUUUGUAAUAUUCUUGAUGGAGAUCCCAGGUCUAAUUUUUAAUUUUGGCUCCAGUUCUGAGUUUGGCAGGUCAAUAAGGAUAUGUGGCACCCUAUUCCCUACAUAGUGCACUACCCCUAUGGAUCUGGUCAGAAGUAGUGCACUAUAGAGGGAAUAGGGGGUCAUUUGGAACGUAAAACUGAUACGUGUUCUUAAUUGUGAUACCUGAAGAGUUAAAUCACCAACUGUUUUUUUUGUAUCUUUUACAUAAAUGCAUUCAAGAAGAA